AUGCAGGCUCCGAAUUACGGCGUUCCACUGGCCACUACUGCCGAUGAUCGCAGCUAUGUACCUAUGAUAUUUUACCGAAUGUCUCGACGAAUGCAGAAGCAACGAUGCGAUGAGAGUAGAAUUAAACCGUCGCUUAUAGGCCGCUACAGAAAAUUCAGGUACAUCGGAUCCGGCAACUUCGGUCGCGUCUACCUUGUUCGAGACGAGCUUUAUGGGACGAUGUAUGCUAUGAAAGAAAUAGUGUGUAACAAUAGUACGUCUGUUGCAAAUGUUCUCACAGAACUAUUGGUUUUAAAGAGAUUACGACAUAAUAACUUGGUUGAAAUUGUCGAUCUCUUCUCCAUCUGUAUGGUGGUUUACGUUGUCACAGAGUUCUGCUUUGAUGGCAAUCUGUUAAAUUUUCUCUCCAGUAAUCGCGUGCAAGACACCGGAAGCGUGACUACCAUUAUGAGAGCUAUAGCGGACGGGUUGAGUUACAUUCACGAUAAUGGAAUUGUCCACUACAAUCUUAAGCCCGAAAAUAUACUCUUCACAAAGAAAUCGUCGAAAUCGGUUGCAAAAAUUGCUGAUUAUGGACUGGCCAAGGUUUCGGGAGACUGCAUACGCUAUGGUUGCAGGUCAUCCCCAUUGAACCACAGAGUAACUCAUUUGAAAGAACGUCCGGAACGCACCUCAAAACCAGAAUAUUUGUGUUUGUCGUCCGAAAUAAUUCAGGUCAUCCAUGAUACAGACAAUAAACGGAUGGAUGUGUAUUCUAUGGGAGAGAUAUUUGAGACAAUUCUACAUAUGGCGAAUUUCCGAACACCAGUGGAUCCCAGACUGAUACCAUUUCUCCAAUCGUUGACGUCUCUGGACUGCCAUGGCACACCAGGCUCGGCCCACGUUCUCAAAAUUCUUCGAGAAUUUGUUUCAGAAAAUCACGAUAGUCCACCGUUUUCAGAGUCUGGAGCCACAACACAGCUUCCAUUACCAAGUUUUAAUACCGAGGCAUUUACCAAUGAGUCGCGCGAGAGUUCACCCAACCCUAUUUCGAAAUGCACCGAUGAUCAUAAUCCUACAUUACCCUACCCAAUUUCAGGUUGUUCCGAUAACUAG